GCGUCCUCGGCCGCCCGGGCCGCGCCGGGGACGGCGGCCCCGCCGCGGCCGCGCUCCUCCGCUCCCCGUGCGGCGUGGCCGUGGACGCCGCGGCGGAGGUGCUCUUCAACGCCCCCGAUCCCGUCGCCGACACUUACAACCACGCGGUGCGCGUGGUCGACCUGCGCUCUGGCCUGCUGUCCACCUUGGCGGGCGUUCUGGGCGCGCCGGGCACCGCGGGCGACGGCGGCCCGGCGGCUUCGGCCAGGCUCUACUACCCCCGCGGGCUUGCCGUGGACGCGGGCGCGCAGCGGCUGUACGUGGCCGACAGCUGGAACCACGCCGUGCGCGCCUUGGACCUGCGGACGGGCCUGCUGACGACAGUGGCCGGCAGCCUGGGCUCCUUCGGGCGCGCCACCACCGCGGGCGGCACCACCAGCGGCGACGGCCGCGCGGACCGCGAGCUGCUGCACGCCCCCGCUGGCGUCGCCGUGGCUGCCGGAGCCUUUGAGGCGGAGCUGUUCGUGGCAGACGCUGGGAACCACGUGGUGCGCAUGGUGGCGCUGGUCAACAACGUGAGCAUGCUGGAGCUCGGCUGAGGCCGCGGAGGCGGCGCCCAGGGCGAGCCUCCCCCCCGCGCGGCGGCCACUGCCGAGCAGGGCCGCGUGGCGCGGCGGCGGGCUGCCCCCGCGCGGAGCGGCCGCGCCGCGCGGCCGUCGUCGGUCG